AACCCCGCUGCUCAAUCACGACAUGAGCCAUAAUUUUCAAGUCAGCUAUACAGCUCUUGGAAUGUCUGACGAUAAUCAAACCAGCUAUUCGUUGCCCUCGGUGGCCUCGUCUAGCCGUGCCGCACGCAAUGUCAACUUUACCGAUGAACAAAACGAAUUGGCUGGUUAUCCACCGCUACAGCUGCCGCCGCCAGCUAGACGCAGUUCAAAACUAUUUCAGUUUCAGCGUCCACGUUCCAUGUCCGCCUGGAGUAACAUCAGUCACAGUAGUAUGAAAUUGGAUGAGAGGUAAGUGCU